GAUUGCGCUCCUCUGACGUCAUCGGCAACGACUCAUACAGACAAACCAGUUGAAGUGUGAUUAUAGCUGUGUGUUUUUAUGGCGACCAAGCAAAACGAACGUGAGAAAACUACACAUUUGACUUGAGCGUCUCCAAAUUCAUCGACGAUGUUCAGCUCUAGGAUUUGAAAACAGCGAAGGAUUCUAUGAUUUGUCAACAUGAAUUUCUCUGAGGUCUUCAAGCAAUCCAACCAACUUUGUAAAGUGUCACCAGAUGGGAAAUACUUGGCUACCUGCGUGCUGUACAGGCUGGUGGUACGAGAUGUCAGCACACUGCAGAUUCUACAGCUCUACACCUGUCUGGACCAGAUAACUCAUAUGGAAUGGUCGUCCGACUCUCAGUUCAUCAUGUGUGCUAUGUACAAGAGGGGACUGGUACAGGUGUGGUCGCUGGAACAGCCUGACUGGCACUGUAAGAUCGACGAGGGCUCAAUCGGAUUGUUGGCUUCGCGUUGGAGCCCAGACGGACGUCACAUUCUAAACACCACUGAGUUUCAUCUGAGAAUCACUGUGUGGUCCCUGUGCACCAAAGCUGUGUCUUACAUCAAGUAUCCCAAAGCGUGUUACAAAGGUAUUGAUUUCAGCAGAGAUGGCUGCUACAUGGCAUUGGCAGAACGCCGUGACUGCAAAGACUAUAUUUGUGUAUUUGUGUGUGAUGACUGGCACUUAUUAAGGCAUUUUGAAACUGAGACACAAGAUCUCGCAGGGUUAGAGUGGUCUCCCAACGGCUGCGUCCUGGCUGUGUGGGACAGCUGUCUGGAGUACAAGGUGUUGCUAUAUUCUCUGGACGGCCGCUUGCUGUCAACUUUCAGCGCCUAUGAGUGGUCGCUGGGUGUGAAGGCUGUGGCUUGGAGCCCCAGCAGUCAGUUCCUGGCCAUUGGAAGCUAUGAUGAAAAAGUACGCAUCCUUAACCACAUCACAUGGAAGAAGAUUGCCCUGUUUGAACACCCAGCAACCAUCAACAACAAUAAAGUUGUUGUCUAUAAGGAAGUGGAGAAAAGGGUGUCAGCUGUUGGCCCUGAAGACCUGUCUCUACACAACAUAACAAUGGGCUCAAGCCUCCUUAGCACUCAGAGCAAAUAUGAGAUCCAUCCGCCCCCAGUUCAAAUGUCUGUGGUCAGACCAGACCCAGACAGAGCCAACCCCAAGAUUGGUGUCUCGACACUGGCCUUCAGCUCAGAUAGUCGCUACCUAGCCACCAAAAAUGAUAACAUGUCCAGUGCAGUCUGGGUGUGGGACAUGCAAAAGAUGAGCCUUAUGGCUGUGCUGGAGCAGAUGUCUGCCGUGCGGUGCUUCCAGUGGGAUCCAAGACGCUCACGGUUGGCGUUAUGCACCGGCAAUGCAAAAGUUUAUCUGUGGACCCCAGCCGGCUGCGUUUCUGUCCAAGUCCCCGAUGAAGCAGGUGGUUUCCAGGUCCAGUCUCUGACAUGGCACUGUGAUGGCGAUUUUCUCAUCCUGCUUGGGAAGGAGCAGUUGCGUUUGUGCUACAUGGACACAAGCCCUGAGGACAAGUGAUGUCAGCCUAUUUCGACAUGAACAACAGGCUGGUGGGAAGACUCACUGACAAAGAAAGACCCACCCGGGCAAGUUACUUGAAGUAAGUCACACUAAACAUGACAUUCCUUGGAGACUUUUGGACAAAAAAGCUUUUUGCAUCAUCAAAAACAUGCAAAAUAACUACUUCGAAACACUGUGAAAAUACUUAUGUGACUGCUAAGACUUUGAGCUUUCACUUGCCUUUUAUUUCUGAGUGUUUGUAAUGUUUGUAAAUUAUUCUGAAUAAAAUUGAUUUAAAAUAA